AUGGAAGAAGAUUCAUUUGAAACUUUAGAUGAGCUACAUGAGUCCAUUCUGUCUUUAUGCCAGGAUGAUGAUGAAGCCCUUAAUGGUGAAGAGAUACCACAAACAAAAAAUGAAAAGGAUAUAGCAUCUGAUAAUCUGGCAGAAACUCCUCAAAAAGUGUGCAGCACUCCAGGACCAUGUCGUGAAAUUAAAGAUCCAAAAGAAAAAGAAGAUAGUUCUUCAUUCCACCUGUCACCAUCUAAAAUGUCUGGUAUCCAGUUACCUGUUCUUGAAAACAAACGAUUGAGUUGCUUGCAAACACCUUUAGCCCUGGCUGGAUUGUCUCCCAUAGUUUCCAUAAGUGCUACACCAAGACAACGUAUUAAGUCAAAUACUCCCAAUUUGAAACGCAGAGUAAGGCAUUUCAGCAGCACUCCCUGUGUUGGACCUUAUCAACCUAAAAGACUCUCAUUAAAUGAAACUUAUCAGCAAACCAUGAUGACAAUCAGUGAAAUUGAUGGAAGUUUUAUGGAACAAGCAAAGACUGUUGAAAAUCUCAGCUUAGCCAACAAAUCCAAAGUUUCAAUUAACCAAGUGAGUAAGAUCAAAAUGGAUAGCGUAUGUAUAGGCAGAAAGGAAACACCAUUAUUGACAGAAGCUGAUAACAAGUAUUUUAAAGAUGCUUCAAACACAACCAUGGAAAAAGCCAGAUUUUCUCAAUUGAACUACUCUAAAAUUGAUGAAACAAUUGUGGCUGAAGCUGAAGAUGACGUUGCUGAACUAACUGCUGACAUCCUUGGCUUAGAGAACUACAUAGUUUUGGACACUGCUUCACAGGACGAUGAGGACACUAUAAUGGAGGAACCUUAUGAACUUGGUAAUACAAGUAUUUUUGGUGCUGAGACUAUACCAGUUAAAAGUAGCGUUCUUUUAGGUGAAGAAACAGUUGCAGUUAAUUACACACCAGAAGAAAAUUUGAAAGAUUCCUGUUCAGUCAAAAAAGAAAGAGCCUCAAGUCCUGGUAAGGGGAAGAAUAUUGCAACAGUAACUCCAAUGGUACAUGAUGUAAGAAUUCCAUCACCAACAUUGGAAAAACAAAAAGAGCCAAUUUUAAGCGAAGAUGAUAGUGUUGUUGAAGUUAUUAUGGUGGAUGAAAGUGUGGAAGUCAUUGAUAUUUCAGAUGAUUCUGUUGUAGCUGAUGUAACUGUAAUGGAAGCUGCUUCUGCUAAGACUACAGAUUCUGUCACAAAAAGUUACCAAGAUGUGAAGCAGACUUCUGUUGCUACUUCAAAGGCUAAUCAAGCAUCUGCAUUUGUUACUACUGGACCAAGUUCAAGCACAUGUUCAACUGCUGUAUCAACAUCAGCUAUGCAUACUUCAAUAGUAACAACACCAAAAACAACAACUCUGCCAUCUCUUAGUCGUCCACAACCGUCUGUCAGUCCUAAUGAGCCUCCCUAUACAUUAAAUGAAGAGGAACUGAUGAAAUUAGUCAAGUGUAACUGGGGAACUGACCCUGUACAUGAUGUUAAUAAUAAUCUUACUGUAUGUUCCUACAGAAACAAACAAACACCCAACGUGCGGUGUUCCAUACUAGAAGGUAAUUUCAGAAUUCCCCCUCUAUUACGUUCUAAUAUUAACAAAAAUGAUUUGCAGAUAAAAGGACAGGGAAAGACCCCAGCGGAAAUUGCUAACAGUAUAUCAAAACAGUUGACAAAUAUAGAUAAAGAUUAUAAUACAAAAAUGCUAAGUAUUGAGGCUAAUAAAGAAAUUCAGGUAAACGAACUAAAACAUAUUCAUAAAGGGCAAAUUCAAGUGUUGCGUCAAAGACAAAUACAUGAAAUGCGAAGUGUUACCAUACAAUUACAAAUGGACCCGAUGAAUUACUGGCAUCAAUGUAAUAAACUACAAUUGUAUACAGAUCAUGAAGAACAAAAAGUUAACCUUCAGUAUAAUCAUAAUGUACAAAUGAGAGGGCUUUUAGAUGAAAUUGAAGAGGAAAAAUGCAUUGUAUAUGAACAGGCAAUGAAAAGUAAAAAUAAUUUAACACAAAUAAAGGAAAAACUUGAAGCAGCUAAAAAUCAAAAUUCUGUUGACCCCGAUAUGGUUCAUACUACUGUAGACUUAUACAAAGGUCCUUGUAAAUCUAAUGACCAAAAGCAAAGUUUAGUUCAAGUUUGUCUACCAGCUGAUAUAGCCUCUUAUAUGAUAAGGGAAGAGGAAAUUUAUAAUAUGAAUUAUAAAUAUAAAAAUAAGAGAUAA